GGAGAGCUUCUACCGUACAUCAAGCCGCUGCCUGCGCGCUCUGAGGCGGAUGGACAUCCCGUCUGCUCCCGUCUGAAACCUCCACUUUACGCGAGACUGCUUUUCCAACCAUGCAAGGUGGAGACGGGAUUCAAGAAGCAGCUUCUCCGGAGCCCUGCUGCGGUGACACGGGAGGCUCCAGUUCCAGGACCGCACUUCCAGGCACCGAGGUUUUCGUGACACUGCCACCUACCGAACCGGAUCACCGCCCGAGCACCGCAUGUCUACGACCUAAUAUGGACGAUAAUAAGGCUAUGCACGUAACGAUCCAAGAAGGGAACUCCUUGCCUGAAUUGAAAAGAUGCACCACGUGCUGCACAGACUUCCACUGCCCGUUCUGUAGCUCGGUGCUGUUCCACCCAACGAGGCCGAGCAAGGUCAGGCUCCAUCUAGAGAACCACUUCAACCGUGCCGUUCUCCAUGAAGGGUACACCAUCCACAGAUGUGGGUUAGUCUGCCGACCACGUUGGCAUUACCACUGCCUCUACUGCCACUCAAUGCUGUCACGCAAACGGGACUUCAUGAGACACCUGUGUUUGUGCAAAGAGAAGCACCCUGCUUUAACCGUCACCAUCCAAACUCCAAAAAUGUCUAAUGUCCCAACUUCAACAGCUUCCACCAGUCCAGCUCCGUCAACUUCCAUCACUGCAGCUCCAACAACUCCCCAAAUUAAAUCUGAACCGCCCCUCCAUGUGCCAAACACCCCAAGUGGACAGAUCCAACGUAUUUGUGUGAUUCCAAUACUACAGAAGAACCUUCGCGUUUACAAGGGCAGCGGUGGAAGCAUUUAUCACGUGCUGCCUGCUGUCCGACACGUAGCCUCCCAGACUGAUCCCCCAGAAACAGCGUCCGUCGGCACGCAGAUGUCCAUGACCGCUCCACAAUCCCACAAAGUGCAGAAGUCCCUCCGAAGUACAGCUACCCAGGUGAAAGUGCCCAGCAGAGACUGUGGGGUUUGCACCCUCACCCUCCCGUUGGACAGCCCCGCACUGUUCCUACAACCAACUCUCAAAAAGACACCACCCAAGAGACCUCGGCUGAGCCUUACAGAGGAGGAGGAAGGCCCUUCAGAAUGCAGCUCGUCUAAAGUGGUUGGUGAACCGGAGGAUUCAACGUGACGCAGAGGACUGCCGUGGGUUGUCUUUCUUGAAUGUUUUCAGAAAUCGCUUCGUGGACAUGAGGACAAAUAAGAACACUACACACAACUGGCAAGAACCCUCUACAAGGGAAAUGUGCACCAAAUUAUUUACAUCAUGUCGUACUUUUUGUAUCCGCUUGAACUGUUACUUAUCUGAAUGUUCAUGACUGCAUUUUUCAUGGUUUCCUUUUACUCCAGCUGACAGUUACACACACACGUCUUCACAUCCCAGAACAUCGAAAAAGAAAAGGUUCAGAGAAAAAAACAAAACGCUGCCUUUGAGGGAGGCACUAAACCUUUGAAAAUAUUUAACAACACAACAAUGUAAUCCAGUGUGUUUCUAGUUCUAGAGGGGCUGUGCUGCUGGUCUGCCUGGCUGAAGGUCCACAUGUUUGUUGUUGUUGUUGUUGUUUUCAUUCCCUCUCUACGGUUUAUAUGACACCGUCUAUCUGAGCGUACUGCAGUUCCACUACUGCUAAAACCACAAACCUGACUUGCUAUGAUUUCAUGCCGUUGCUGCUGAACGAGCUAGUUUAUUUGCAGUAUGGCAUUUUUUAUAGGAAAAGGUAAGAAUGUUGACAACAGAGCAGGUUUGCAUGAAACCUCAUUCCUCUGUUGGCUGGUGAGCUGCCAGCAGCCUUUGUAAAGCUGGAUCCUGUUUUCUGUGUUGCAUCACUAAGCAACUGUACAAUUUUUAUGGAAAAAACUAAAACCACAUGCAGGUUGUAAUAAAACCAAGCCCUGGUACACUGAU